AUGAGGGGAGGGACGCCUGGGACCCUGACCUCCAGCAGGGACGCCUCGGACCAUCACCUCCAGCAGGGACGCCUCGGACCCUCACCUCCAGCAGGGACGCCUCGGACCCUCACCUCCAGCAGGGACGCCUCGGACCCUCACCUCCAGCAGGGACGCCUCGGACCCUCACCUCCAGCAGGGACGCCCCGGACCCUCACCUCCAGCAGGGACGCCUCGGACCCUCACCUCCAGCAGGGACGCCUCGGACCCUCACCUCCAGCAGGGACGCCCCGGACCCUCACCUCCAGCAGGGACGCCUCGGACCCUGACCUCCAGCAGGGACGCCUCGGACCCUCACCUCCAGCAGGGACGCCUCGGACCAUCACCUCCAGCAGGGACGCCUCGGACCCUCACCUCCAGCAGGGACGCCUCGGACCCUCACCUCCAGCAGGGACGCCUCGGACCCUCACCUCCAGCAGGGACGCCUCGGACCCUCACCUCCAGCAGGGACGCCUCGGACCCUCACCUCCAGCAGGGACGCCUCGGACCCUCACCUCCAGCAGGGACGCCUCGGACCCUCACCUCCAGCAGGGACGCCUCGGACCAUCACCUCCAGCAGGGACGCCUCGGACCCUCACCUCCAGCAGGGACGCCUCGGACCCUCACCUCCAGCAGGGACGCCCCGGACCCUCACCUCCAGCAGGGACGCCCCGGACCCUCACCUCCAGCAGGGACGCCGCGGACCCUCACCUCCAGCAGGGACGCCCCGGACCCUCACCUCCACUCUACAGGUCAUAUAUGCCAUGA